CCGGGAUGGCGGCGGGGGCGGCGGACGCGGGCCCGGGAGGCGCCGUCCCGGUGGAGCUGCGGCGCGAGCGGCGCCUGGUGUGCGUGGAGUUCCCGGGCGUGGUGCGCGACGUGGCCAGGAUGCUCUCCACGCUGGGCGGCGAGGAGGGCGUCUCCCGGAUCUACGCGGACCCCACCAAGAGGCUGGAGCUGUACUUCCGGCCCCAGGACCCCUACUGCCACCCCGUGUGCGCCAACCGCUUCAGCACCAGCAGCCUGCUGCUCCGCAUCAGGAAGAAAACGAGGCGGCCCGAGGGCCAGGGGCCCAAGGCCCCCGCCACGGCCGCGUUCCACAUCGAGAUCCUUGGCAUCGUCUCCACCAUUUACAAAUUUCAAGGGAUGUCCGACUUCCAGUACCUGGCGGUGCACACGGAGCCUGGCGGCCGGCACGUGUCCAUGUACGAGAAGGUGCUCCUGCUGCGGCCCGAGAAGGAGGGCUUCUUCCACCAGGAGCUGCCGCUCUACAUACCCCCGCCCAUCUUCUCGCGGCUGGACGCCCCUGUCGACUACUUCUACCGGCCCGAGACGCAGCACCGGGAAGGCUACAAUAACCCCCCUGUCGCCGGGGAGAACCUGAUCGGUCUGAGCAGGGCCCGGCGCCCCCACAAUGCCAUCUUUGUCAACUUCGAGGAGGACGAGGUGCCCGCGCAGCCCCUGGAGGCCGCGGUGCAGACAUGGAAGAAGGUGUGUGCCAGCCCCAUGGACCAGAAGGUGGAGGAGGAGCUGAGGAAGCUGUUCGACAUCCGCCCCAUCUGGUCACGAAAUGCUGUCAAGGCCAACCUCAGCAUCCACCCUGACAAGCUCAAGGUCCUGCUGCCCUUCGUGGCCUAUUACAUGAUCACAGGCCCCUGGAGAAGCCUGUGGAUCCGAUACGGAUAUGACCCCCGGAAACACCCGGAAGCCAAGAUCUACCAGGUGCUUGAUUUCCGAAUCCGCUGCGGAAUGAAAUACGGUUACGCCCCCAGCGACAUGCCCGUCAAGGCCAAGCGCAGCACCUACAACUACAGCCUCCCCAUCACCGUCAAGAAGACCUCCAGCCAGCCUGUCACCAUGCAUGACCUGAAGCAGGGCCUGGGUCCCUCGGGGAUGGCUGGCACACGGAAGUCGGCCUCCAGCAAGUACAAGCUCAAGGACUCGGUCUACAUCUUCCGGGAGGGGGCCUUGCCGCCAUAUCGACAGAUGUUCUACCAGCUGUGCGAUUUGAACGUGGAGGAGUUGCAAAAGAUCAUUCACCGCAACGACGGGGCCGAGAGCGCCUGCACGGAGCGGGACGGGUGGUGCCUGCCCAAGACCAGCGACGACCUGCGGGACGCCAUGUCCCUCAUGAUCCGGCAGACCAUCCGCUCCAAGAGGCCUGCUCUCUUCUCUAGCCCGAGCAAAGCCGACGGCGGGAAGGAGCAGCUGACGUCCGAGUCGGGGGAGGAGGAGGAGGAUGAGGAGGACUUCAAGCCGUCAGACGCGAGUGAGAACGAGAUGGAGACCGAGAUUCUAGACUAUGUGUGAUGCCCUGGGCCUCCCAGCCCCGCGCUGGGUCUGGCCUGUUCGAGCCGGGACCAGCCAGGGUGCCCUGUGCCGCCACGCCAGCCAGGCUGCCCUCGGGGGCCCUGAAGGCGAGGGGGCCUGGCGCUGGGGCAGCAGACCCUGCUGUUGCCCUCUGGCCUGGACGCCUGGGGACAGCCCUGAGGCCUGGCUCACACCUCCAUGGGCGACCAUGCCCGGCGCCCAGCUGCACCCCUCGCCUCCCUCUGGCUGAGACCAGCAGGAGGUGGAGGUGGGGAGCAAGCCGUCGGGCAGGGCCUCUCCCUCUCUCCCCUGACACAGCGUGGGGAGGCUGGCUUGCUCUCAGAGGGCAGAGCCUGGCCUUGGGCUGGAGCUCAUCUGGGGUAGGUUUGGCCAUGGCCAGGCCCAGCUGGAAUCGUACUUAUUAAACAAGCUUUCCCAGGAGUCCUGGCGCCUCACUGGGGGGCUGCACCCAGGGGUUUCCUAGCUCUUUGGAUGUGGGCUCCCGCUGGGCCCUCAUUUCCUCCCUCAGCCCCCCUUCAGUGACCUCACGUGGGUGGUGCCAGCACCAUACAGAGAGGCCUGAGGUCCCUCGCCAAGCGGGUGGGGUGCCAGGGAAGGGCCGUGGGGUCACAAGUCAGCCCCUUCUGCUCCAGGGGUGAGCCCUAGGGCCCUCCAGGAAACCGCUCUUGUAGCUGCCAGGGUGCACUUGGCUCCGGGGCUGUGCUCCCAGAAGCACUCGGGCAGCCUGGACCAGAUGGGAGCUGCUACCCUACCCUGGGCCCGCAGACCCGGCCCCUCAGCCCAUGUCAGCCCCUUAGCACUGCCAGGAUUAGACCCUGAGGGUCAGGCUCCUGGGGGUCCAGUUCCCAUUUGCGGCAUGGAGUGAACCACCUUGUGGAGCAGCAGCUGUUGGGGGGGACAGUGGGGAGGGAGGAGACACUGCCCCAGGCCUGUCCCUGAAGCCACCAGAAAUAGAACUUCCUGAGGGGAGCUGGGUCCCACCUGCUCCUCUGGUGCCUACUGUUUGCCCUUGGGCCGCCGGGCUGUGGGGGUUCUCCCCACGUGCCCCUCACGGGAGAGCUGCCAGGUUCUGGUUCCCAUCUCCCCGAAGCCCCUGGGUCCCCCUGCAAAUCUGCGGUGAAGAGGGCGGGACACCCCCUCUCCACACCCAUCCUGUAACCUGGCCCCACCACCUCGCUGCCCCGUCGGAACCUUCUUAAGUUCCACCCACAUGUAGGAAGAGGAUUUGGUGACGCUGACGCCCCACUUAGAAACCUAAACGCUGCCCCUUCAAAAGCUUUUCACUGGAAACGCCCCCCGCCCUCCUCCAGGGCCAGGACUUCCCUCGGCCCCUGCGCCAGGAUUCCUUUGUGUUUUGCCCGGAUUGUUGGGCAGGGACCCCGCGGCCUGCGACCGGCUGGUCUUUCAGCUUCCAGUCGCCAAGACAGCCCCGCCCUGCCAGGCCCAGCCGCCGCCCCGCACCCCGGGUAUGGAAAUGGUAUCUGGAGACCCCAGUCAGCGCCAGGGCUGGCGGCUGCUUCUGACAGAGCUUUUGUAUGUACAUAAAAAAUCAGUUUACACAGAUCUAUCCCAAGUAAGACAAAAUUUUAGGAUUUUGCUUCUCUGACACCAGCUUCCUUUCCUACCCAUGCGAGAGGCCGGGGCUUCUAGCAGCACCACCAACCUCAACCCCCACACCCCCGCCCUGUCCUGUAAUAGGAGACUCUGAAAGUGGAAAACGCAGGCCCCGGAGCAGGCGGCGAGGUGCAGGUAGGCAUGCGGUGCAGGUAGGCAUGCGGUGCAGGUAGGC